AUGGCCUCCCCAACCAACGAGGCGAUCCCCUCACCCGAGAUCUCGCCGGCGAGUCCAAUGUCCUCAACAGGUCAAAUUCCCCUCGAACAACCCCCGAAGCUUAAGGGUCGUCAGAAAUUAUUGCAGAGCCUCCAGCGCAUGUCAUCCAGCCCGACGUUGCCCCGCCGCGGGCGAUCGGCAUCAACCGGUUAUCGGCGGGACCACAAGGCGUCCUUAUCGUGUGUCUCGUUAUCAUCUUCAUAUUCGCCAUGUUUGGGGAAUGGAAGCUCCUCUCAAUUUUACGGAGGUUUGAACCCCAGACCCGCGACACCGGGCUGCUCGGGUUCUCCGGCUGAGUAUUCGGGUGCUGAUAAUGCUCGCAUUCGGGUUGUGGGUACUGAGUCCCCACAGCGUACCGUGCCUUUGCCGUUCGAUGUACGACCUGCUUCGCGGGGUUCGCCUCGUCGCAGUGCGAUUUUGGAGACGGGUGUAGAUGAGGAGGUGGUGCUGAAAGUGCAGCCGGUGCGGGUGCUGGAUUUCUGGGGCGACAUGCCGCUGGAGUUGAAGAUGGAGAUAUUUCGAUAUCUGACACCACAGGAGAUCGUGCGCUGCUCAUCGGUUUCCAAAAAUUGGCAUGAGAUGUGCUAUGAUGGUCAGUUGUGGUCCAAGGUUGAUACGACAGAUUAUUAUCAGAAAAUCCCUAGUAAUGUUCUGGUAAAACUUAUGACCUGUGGUGGACCCUUUGUGCGUGACCUGAACCUGAGAGGCUGCAUCCAGCUGCGUGAGAAGUGGUCCUCGGAUGGAGAGCGGAUCUCUGACUUGUGCCGGAACGUGGUCAGUUUUUCGCUAGAGGGGAGCAAGAUCGACAAGACAUCCAUGCACUACUUCUUGCUGCGGAACGCCCGCUUGGAAUACGUCAAUGUGUCGGGGCUGAAGAGUGUGACGAACUCCGCAAUGAAAAUCAUUGCGCAGUCUUGCCCACUGCUUGAAGUUUUGAAUAUCUCAUGGUGCCAGCAGGUCGACUCCAAGGGCCUUCGGAGAGUAAUUCAGACUUGUGGCCGACUUAAGGAUCUUCGCGCCAGUGAAGUACAGGCCUUUGACGACGAAGAAUUUGCCCAGGAACUGUUCAAGCGUAACACUUUGGAACGACUUGUCAUCAGCCGUACCAACCUGACCGAUGAGACCCUUCGGAUUUUGGUACAUGGCGUGGAUCCAGAUAUAGACGUGUUGACCGACCGUCCCAUUGUGCCACCUCGACGAUUCCGACACCUUGAUUUACACCACUGCACGAGCUUGACUGACGAUGGAUUGAAGAGCCUCGCAUUCAAUGUUCCAGAUUUGGAAGGUCUUCAGGUUUCACAAUGCCCAGAGUUGAGCGAUGCAUCGGUCAUUCAUGUUAUUCGGACCACACCACGACUCUCCCACCUGGAAGUGGAAGAUCUGGAUAAGCUGACCAAUAACACCCUCGUCGAACUCGCCAAGUCACCAUGCGCUCAGCGCCUCGAGCACCUGAAUAUCAGCUACUGCGAAAGCCUCGGCGACACCGGAAUGCUCCAGGUGAUGAAGAACUGCCCAAAGCUACGCUCCGUGGAGAUGGAUAACACCCGAGUCUCCGAUCUAACUCUUAUGGAAGCCAGCUUCCGCGUCCGCCGACGAGGCUACGGCGAAGAUUGCCCCCAAGUUGGACUCCGCCUAGUCGUAUUUGACUGCGCCAACAUUACCUGGGCAGGAGUCAAAGAAGUCCUCUCCAGCAACGCAUACAUCCCCCGCACCCGCAAACCCGUAUCGGCAGUCGUGACCGUGACUCAAACAUCGGACGCAGAUUCGUCCCCGACGACCACAACUUUUGUCACGCCAGCCUCCACGCCUUUUCCGUCUCCAUCUCCGCCCACUUAUCCGAGUGAGAUUAUCCAGCUCAAGUGCUUCUAUGUAUGGCAGAUGACCGUUGAUGAGCACACCAAGCGGGUUCUUCGUGGUGACCUCACUGCUGCGAGUCGAUUGGAUCGAAAAUGGGCGGACUACAUGAUGGCGACGGAAGAAGCUGGUGCUGCUGGUGCUGGGGCUCGGCGUAGAAGACGCCGAGCACGCGAAGCGGAACGACUUUACAAUGCUGAUGAGGAUGAGGACGAUUCUUUCGGUGUUGGUGGUGUCAGUGGCUCGGGCCGAAGACGACGCGCUCAGAGCGGUAGUAGUUGUGCAUUGAUGUGA